CCGCCCUCCAGCCGAGCGGCGGCUCCUGAGGCGGCGGCGGUGGUGGUCGCGGUCCCUGCCCAGCCGCUUCCGCCCGCUGUGGUCCCUGGUCAGCGCGGCGGCCACCCAGCCCCUCGGGCCGGCGGGCGAUGGUGCGGCGGGGCGCGCGGACGCGGGCAUGACGGAGGAUGGAAGCACAGGACGAGGUGUCGGCGCGGGAGCAGCACUUCCACAGCCAAGUGCGGGAGUCCACGAUAUGUUUCCUUCUCUUUGCCAUUCUUUACAUCGUUUCCUAUUUCAUCAUCACAAGAUACAAGAGGAAAUCAGAUGAACAAGAAGAUGAAGAUGCCAUAGUCAACAGGAUUUCGUUGUUUCUGUGCACGUUCACACUCGCAGUGUCCGCUGGGGCUGUGCUGCUCUUACCCUUCUCCAUCAUCAGCAACGAAAUCCUACUUUCCUUUCCUCACAACUACUAUAUUCAGUGGCUCAAUGGCUCCCUGAUCCAUGGUCUGUGGAACCUCGCUUCUCUCUUCUCCAACCUCUGUUUGUUUGUCCUGAUGCCCUUUGCCUUCUUCUUCCUGGAAUCGGAAGGUUUUGCCGGCCUGAAAAAGGGACUCCGAGCCCGAAUCCUGGAGACGCUGGUCAUGCUCCUGCUCCUGGCGCUGCUGGUCCUGGGGAUGGUGUGGGUGGCCUCCGCGCUCGUGGACAAGGACGCGGCGAGCAGGGAGUCUCUGUACGAUCUCUGGGAGUUCUACCUGCCCUAUUUGUACUCUUGUGUAUCACUCAUGGGAUGUUUGCUGCUUCUCUUGUGCACCCCGGUUGGCCUGUCUCGCAUGUUCGCCGUCAUGGGCCAGCUGCUGGUGAAGCCGGCGAUUCUGGAGGACCUGGAUGAGCAGAUGUACAUUGUUGCCCUCGAGGAGGAGGCGCUGCAGAGACGGCUCGCCGCACCGCGACCCUGGCUGCUGAGGUGGCAAAGCUGCAUGUUGUCCGGACUGUCUUCACCAGCGGACUACAAUGUAAUGGAGCUGGAACAAGAACUUGAAAAUGUAAAGAUUUUUAAGACAAAAUUAGCCUUGUGGGUCCAUGCAGUUACAUCUGGAAAAUGUCGGGGAAGGAGUGUGCCUUCAUUUCACAGACACUGGCCCCUCAGUGUUGAUUGUCAUGGUGAUUCUGACACCUUCAUACAGAUUUUCAAUAAAAGAGGCGGAAGAAGGCGUCGGCUUGGGAAAGAAAUUUGGUGUAUCCUGCGGUCAUGGUUCUCCUUCUCAUUGAGACGUCCAUCUCGGUCCUCCUGGUGGCUUGUAAUAUCCUUUGCCUGUUGGUUGAUGAAACAGCAAUGCCAAAGGGAACGAGGCCUCCGCUUUUUUGGAGACUUUAUUCCCAAAAAGGAUGACACGACCAUGACAAAGAUCAUUGGGAACUGCGUGUCGCUGCUGGUCCUGAGCUCCGCUCUGCCUGUGAUGUCCAGAACCCUGGGAAUCACUAGAUUCGAUCUUCUGGGAGACUUCGGAAGGUUUAACUGGCUGGGAAAUUUCUAUAUUGUGUUAUCCUACAAUUUGCUUUUCGCUGUGGUGACAACACUGUGUCUGGUCAGAAAAUUCACCUCUGCGGUCCGGGAAGAGCUCCUCAAGGCCCUAGGACUCCAUAAGCUGCACUUAUCCAGGGCGCCCCGGGAGUCGGACACCGCCAAGCCGUCUGCCAAUGGGCACCAGAAAGUCCUGUGAGGCCGCUCCGCUCUCAGCGCAGAUGCGGGAGGACUCGGACAUUCCUGAUCCCAGGCGUGGCGGCCCCGCUCACUUUCUAAUUGUCCUCUGGGAACCUGCGGGGCGUGGGUUCCAGCCCCACACCCACGUCUGCUCUGUCGGGACGGCCACCAGAAGGCAGCCGGGAAGCUAGGGCUUCCGAGGAUUUGCUCCAGCCUAGGACCUGCACACGUGGAGGCUGCUGGCGGCACCUGUUGCUGGGACAGGAGGUGACCAAGGGCGUGGGGUGAGGCCAAGGGCAUGCACAAGGUGCGGGAAUCUCUGUGCCUGGGAUGUGGGAGCUGGCGUGGCGCCUGAUAUUUUCCACGUCCUUGAUGCAGGAACAAAGCACAGUUCAGAUUUAGUUACAGAUGUGAGUCCAGGGGACACAGGGAACUCUUACCCCCACGCUUGGGCAGCCCUGCGUCACCAGGUGGGAGGGAGGGGCCAGCCGGUUCCAAGUUCAUGGCCGGUCAGUGUCACCUCUCCUGGCACAGCUGCCAGUGUGAGACCCUGGGACCAGCGCCCGCCUUACAGGCUGUAUGACACCAUUUUUUAAGCCCUUUUUUCUAAACUCCCUUAACUCCUCCUGUUCCUCCGUCCAUCCUAAACUAAGCCCUCUGGGUAGAAGCCCCUUUCUUUUGCCGCUGCUUCAGGCUUCGCUACUUUUGCCAUUUAAACCUCAGACCCGGAAAAGCAACCAGUUUAGCACCAAACACACAGCAUUUGGCUCUGGCAUAAGAAGAGUUUGGCCGACUAUCGUGAUCUGCUAGCCACUCGGUUGUUAAGCUGUAAAUAAUUCUCGGGGUCCUGUCGUGGCCCCACGUCCACUGAAUAAAGUUGUCCCCCAGGAGACCGAGUUCUGUCGGUCGAGCGUGCAGGAUCCGAGGGCCCCCGCACAGCCCCACACCCGGUCUCUACAUACACACGUAUGUUCACAUGUCUGUAAAUACGUACAUAUAUUCAUGUGCACUGUGUGUGUGCAAUGAACCAUCUAUGCAGGCAACAGUAAAAUAACUUUUUUCUCAAAUUGUUGCACUUAAAGCUUUUUUUUGGGGGGGGGAGCAAUUAUGAAAACCAGGCUGUGUAUAUUGGACAUCAAAACAUUUCCACUUAGAGU